AUGGCCUCUGAAGAAAGAAGAAGGGCGAGGCAAAUAAAAACCGAUCAAAUCAACCUGGAGUGUAUUCCUGAUAUGAUUACAGAAAAUGGCACACCUGGAGUUUACCUAGUCCAGUCGUUCAGCAAUGUAGAACUUCAGCACGAAAUCACUGUAAUGGAAAAUGAAAUGAAGAGCUGCACCUGUAACAAUUUUAGGUACAAUAACAUUGCUUGUAAGCAUAUGUAUCUGCUCAAUCGUUUACAUGCUGGAAUAACUCUUAAAGAUAAAUUGCAAGGUGUACGUAUUUGUAGAUAACUCGUACAAAAAUCUACUUUCAUUUAUAAGGGAAUAUCGCAUCAUUUGAGCAAGUAGACUCGGUUGUUCAAGUUGAUGCUAUUAACAAUGCUGCUGAAAACAGAGUUGUUGUUACAGAAAAUUCUUCUACGUCUCAAGAUAAUCUAACAGCUGAGAUGGCUAAUCUUCUUGCUACUUAUCACUCUUAUAGAAAAUCCAUACCGAGUAACAGAUGAGCAAAUAGCAAAUAUAAGUUUGGGAUCAGAGAUGAUACUAUUUGCAAUUGACGAAAAUAAUACUAGAAGAAACAAUGCAACAAACCAAAAUUUUUUAACCCAAAGACG